AUGUCGAUCUCUCCAAAGACUCGAGUUCGAGAUGAUCGUUCAAGUGAGAUGAUCAGCUCCCCUUCUCUCCCUGGCAGCCGCGGAUCUUCAAACGCUCCUGCUUCAAACACCUCCAACGGCAUCAUACGUGUCGACAACUCUGUCACCGUCGAGGUUGUACCUCGUCAAGGCACCAGUUCAACCAGCUCUCCCGUCUUCGGAGAUGCCAGUCAAUUCUACCAAGCAACCGUCUCGGCAACCUCUCAGUUCGCCAGAAAUCUCUUCUCUACAACAACCCUCCACGACUCCAAUCCAGAUGUUUCAGCAACACCUCCUCGCAAUAAGCGAUGGAUCGUCAUCUCCAUGCUUCUAGCCUCCAUCAACUUGGUCUGCACUGUUGCUGACACGAUGCUCGCACCAAUGUUGCCCGUGAUGAUUGUUGACCUCGAUGUCGAAGGCUUCCAAUGGGCCUUGGCCGGUCCAAGCAUCGGAGCAGCAGCAACUGUCCUUAUGGCGGGUCAAUUCUAUGCCCUCUACCCUUUCGCAUCCGUCUAUGCUGUCUUUUCAGUUCUGACUCUCAUCGGCAUGAUCUCUUCUGGCUUUGCACCCAACAUGAUCUUUGUGUUCUACGCUAGGAUCCUUCUUGGAGCCGGCACUGCAGGACAGCAACUUGGGGCAAUGAUUUUCCUUGAUCAUGAUGGCACAUUCACAGACAAAGCACGGCGUGACUUUUUCAUCUCGGUCAGCACUGGCUUGGGACUGGUCCUGGGACCAUUCUUUGGUGCCGCAUUCGCUCAUCGAGAGAAUUUCUGGAAGUGGGGUUUCUAUUCCAUCUUCAUCUUGACAUCAAUCCUCUUCAUUGGCCUAGUGUAUGCACUUCCCAGUCGACUACGUCUUCCUACUGCAGAAGCAAACCGUCCGCUCCAGAACACCUGGCGAUCCUUUGCUGCACAGAUUGACCUGAUUGGUGCCUUUCUCAGUGUUGCUGGGAUUCUCGCACUCUUUAUUACACUCAAUCUUGCUGGAACGUGGACACCUUGGUCAGGCAAACACAUCUACAUCCCAUUGGCUGUCAGUGGCCUUCUCAUCUUUGUUUUCACCAUCCAGCAGUCUUUCAGCCUGGGUACACAUUCUUCUCUACGUGUGUUUCCCAUGUACUACGUUCGACACUUCAAAACAACCAUUUUGUUCGGCUUGAUCUUCCUAUUCUCAGGCAUUCUCAACACCACACUUCUCUGGGGCAUACUCUACCAGAUGCUUACCCGAGCAGAAUCCUCAGCCGUAGGCACUGCGCUCUACUUCUUCCUGUAUCUUACUGGUCCACAUUUUGUUCCAAUGCUACUUGUCCCAGUCUACAUUGGCAGUGGCUUAGUGACAUCAUACCCAAUUCUUCCCAGCUACACGAUCUGGAGCGUGGUUACAUCCUCAUUCCUCCUAGUCGGCACGGUGCUCCUCUUUGUCGAUGGAAAUUCUUACUUCUCGAGUCAAACAGGACUUCCACUUCUGGGGAGACAGUUUUCGCUUGCUUGCAUAGGCUAG